UGGUGCCGACUCCCCGAGCGGCGCGGCUCUGCCACCCGCUGACGCACGGUCGAAAAGUUGCGCUCCAACCUUCUCCCUCCUCCUACUUUCUUCCUGGGGCCUGGCUGUUUGUGGAGUUGGAGCCGGGCGGGGAGGAGCCGGCUCCCCACACCACCCGGUGCCCGGCGCGGGUGGCGGCUCGGGGGCCCGUGUCCCCAGGACGGCGGCACAAACUUUCCCGGCUGUUUGGGGAUACUUGUCCGGAGAGUCCCGCACUUGGAGGGAGGAGGAGCCGGGUCCGCGGACAGAUCUUGGAAGCCUUCUUCUGGGAGUUUCCAGCAGUGCCAAGUGUUGGAGAAAUCUUUUCUGUCGCUCUGAUACAGUGGAGAGAGCAAAUACAGCUCAGCAGUAGGCUCCUGAAGAGAGCAAUCACAGUGGUUCCCUGGACCUUCGGUUCUCUCUCUUCUCUCUGGAAACCACGCUGCCCACCUCCUGCGGAGUGUUCUGUCUGGUUGACGACUUGCUGGGUGUUCUCAGGCUUCUCCCCUGGCUGAGCUGUGUGCAUCAUUACAGCAAUUAGGUUUCAGAAGAUGACAGUGAAAUGUGAAGAAGUUACGUUUCUUAUGUGAUACUUGAAAGUUAGUGACUGCUUGCCAAGUUUUCCUGAAAGUUAAAUAUGACUUAGAAGCACUGAUUUAUGAAGGCUUAUGAUGUCAUCAGUUACGACGGAAAACAAACUCCAGCAGGCCGUGAGCCUGCAGGGAGUAGACCCAGAAACAUGCAUGAUUGUAUUUAAAAACCACUGGGCACAGGUUGUGAAGAUCUUAGAGAAGCAUGACCCGUUGAAGAACACCCAGGCAAAAUACGGGUCCAUCCCUCCAGAUGAGGCCAGUGCUGUACAGAAUUAUGUAGAACACAUGCUCUUCUUGCUGAUCGAAGAGCAAGCCAAGGAUGCUGCGAUGGGGCCAAUUCUGGAAUUUGUGGUCUCAGAGAACAUCAUGGAGAAGCUCUUCCUUUGGAGCCUGCGGAGGGAAUUUACUGAUGAGACUAAAAUCGAGCAGCUCAAGAUGUAUGAGAUGUUGGUCACCCAGUCCCACCAGCCUCUGCUGCACCACAAGCCCAUCCUGAAGCCCCUGAUGAUGUUGCUGAGCUCUUGUUCGGGAACAACCACCCCCGCCGUGGAGGGGAAGCUGGUUGUCCUGCUCAAUCAGCUUUGUUCCAUCCUUGCCAAAGAUCCCUCUAUCCUGGAACUCUUCUUCCACACUAGUGAGGACCAAGGGGCCGCCAACUUCCUCAUCUUCUCCCUUCUGAUUCCCUUCAUUCACCGAGAGGGGACAGUAGGUCAGCAGGCCCGGGAUGCUUUGCUGUUCAUCAUGUCCCUGUCUGCCGAGAACAGCAUGGUGGCCCAUCACAUUGUGGAGAACACCUACUUUUGUCCAGUACUUGCAACCGGGCUCAGUGGUCUCUACUCUUCCCUGCCUACCAAGCUGGAAGAGAAGGGUGAGGAGUGGCACUGCCUUCUGAAAGACGACUGGCUCCUGCUCCCUCCUCUCGUCCAGUUCAUGAACUCCCUGGAGUUCUGCAACGCCGUCAUCCAGGUGGCUCACCCCUUGAUUCGCAAUCAGCUUGUCAAUUAUAUUUACAAUGGAUUCUUGGUACCGGUCUUGGCUCCUGCGCUCCACAAGGUGACUGUGGAGGAGGUCAUGACCACAACUGCAUAUCUGGACCUUUUCCUGCGUAGUAUCUCCGAGCCAGCACUACUCGAGAUCUUCCUCCGUUUUAUCCUCUUGCACCAGCACGAGAAUGUCCACAUCCUAGAUACCCUCACGAGCCGAAUCAACACCCCAUUUCGGCUCUGUGUGGUGUCCCUGGCAUUAUUUAGAACUCUUAUCGGUUUACAUUGCGAAGAUGUGAUGUUACAACUAGUUCUAAGGUACCUGAUCCCUUGCAACCACAUGAUGCUGAGCCAGAGGUGGGCCGUGAAGGAGAGAGACUGCUACUCUGUGUCUGCGGCCAAGCUGCUCGCCCUGACCCCUGUCUGCUGCUCCAGCGGGAUCACCCUGACGCUUGGCAACCAGGAGAGGGAUUAUAUUCUCUGGUCGAAGUGGACGCACGAUAGUGCAGGGACCGCCGAGCAGCCACCGGCUGAGGCAUUCUCUCCGUCGGCCUGCAUCGUGGAGUACGGCAAAGCCCUGGACGUCAGCUACCUGCAGUACCUAUGGGAAGCCCACGCCAACAUCCUCUGCUGCAUGAGGGACUGCCGAGCCUGGUCCGCCCUGUAUGACGGAGACUCUCCCGACCCUGAGACCUUUUGCCAGGGUCUGACAGAGGACAGUGCUCUCACCCCUACCUAUCCCGUGUUCCGGCUCCCGCAGCAGCUCCCCAGGAAGACCGGCCCCGCGCUGGCUCCAAGAAAGGACAAGAGCCAGACAGAACUGGAGUGGGAUGAUAGCUACGACACGGGCAUCUCCUCGGGAGCAGACGUGGGUUCUCCUGGGCCUUUCGAUGAUCUGGAGAAUUCAGGCCCGCCGGCACCUGUCGAUCCCCCCAAACACAUCCAGGAGAUGAAGAAGAACGCCAUCCUGCUCUUCAAAGGGUCCUACAUCGAGGAGUCUGACUUUCAGGAUGAUGUGAUGGUGUACAGGCUGUGUGCCGAGAAGGAUGCUGAGGAAACGAGGGAUUCCCAAGAGGGGAGCGCAAGGCCCUCCAGCCCAGCCCAGACUGACGAUCGGGCCCCCACCCUGAGCAACGGCCCCCUGCCCUGUGCUCAGUCAGAAACAGACUCAGAGGAGGAACAGAAUAGGGACAGUUCAGACCCGUUUCAAAAUGUAUCCGAGGAAACGAAACAAGAAGACGAGCCUGAGACAGCCCUAGAAUUGAACUCCGAGUCAGCGCCUCCCCUCUCCGAGACGGAACACAAUUCAGACCCGAUGGAGGUGAACCCGGGGGCUGACGAUUUCAUUGCCCAGUAUGACCAAAUCAUUAAGGAACUGGAUUCUGGCACUGAGGGCUCGAUAGAACAGAAGUUCCCCUCCCCUGAUCUCUUGAAUCUCUCCAAAGAGCAAAAGGGGAAGGAAGAAGAGAGGGAAGGAGAAAAGGAGGAAGCAGAAGAGGGGAAGAAGGCCCUGGAAGAGGAAGAGGACGACUUUGAUUCUUUUAUAGCAGAAACCCCCACCACGGAUACCGUGCCAUCCCCAUUUGGGGCGAGAGAUGAGCCUGCCUUUGCCAGUCACCGUCCUGUGAGGACUCAGAGCACCCCAUUCACAGGCCCCUUCAUCAGCGUGGUCCUGUCGAAGCUGGAGAACAUGCUGGAGAACUCUCUCCAUGUUAAUUUGCUGCUCAUCGGGAUCAUCACGCAGCUGGCCAGCUACCCCCAGCCGCUCCUGCGCUCCUUUCUGCUCAACACCAACAUGGUCUUCCAGCCGAGCGUGCGUUCUCUCUACCAGGUCCUCGCAUCGGUGAAAAACAAGAUCGAGCAGUUUGCUUCUGUGGAGAGAGACUUCCCAGGGCUCCUCAUACAAGCCCAGCAGUACCUGCUCUUCCGAGUGGACAUGUCUGACUUGACCCCCGAGUCGCUAACCAAAGAUCCCAUUCAGGAUGCUUCCAGGACAGGAAUCGGCAAGAACCUUUUGGAUGGUCCCCCAAGAGUGCUUCAGCCCUUCCUGACAAACAGAGCCAAGGUGGCUGGGGUGCCCCCAAGCCUGCCCCUGCCAGUGAGGAACACCAUGCUGGCCGCUGCCCUCUUCCCUGAGUUCCUCAAGGAACUAGCUGCCUUGGCCCAGGAACACUCCAUUCUGUGCUACAAGAUCCUGGGUGACUUUGAGGACUCCUGUUGUUAGCUUUUUUUUUAAAUAGAGGUUCUUGUUUUUUAAGGUUUUAGUGUCUUGACUGAAUGUUAAAUGCAAAGCUGCUUACAGAAAUUUCUACUUUGAUAUUUCCUGACAAUACUUGAUUUGUGGGGAGGGUGAUUUUCUGUCUACCUCCUCUCUCUCUAGCCGGGUCUUUCCACCUUCUGUAGAAUGUCAGUCUCAUCAGCUGGUGGCUCCUUUGGCAGGUUUUCUUUCUUCCCCUUCAAAAUUUUCAGUUGUUAUCCUCCCAUCCCGGUGAGUCACUCCUUUUGCAGCUCAGAUCACACUAAGCAAAAACUGGGGAUUGGUAGCUUCUGGAAGUACCCCAUGUCAGAAGGCUAAUAAGCUCUUCAACAGCAGGGAAGACGGUCCAUCUCCGUUGCCUUCUGUAUCUGGGCUCCAUUUUAUAAAAGGGAAGAAUAAAGAUGGAGCCCCUCUUGCCUCCAUCACACAAACACAUAGCUUCCGUCCCUUUGCAUUUUCCUUCCAAGGUUUGCACUCUGCCCAACACGUUGCCUUAUGGUGCGGGCAAACCCACUGGUCUCAGCUCUCUGCUGGGAAGUCAGAUGGAGUUGCAGAGAAUUUGGAAUGCGGGGAGACUUUCUUAUUGCUUGAGAGCUUUGUUUAAUCCGUGUAUCACUACCUAAACACUGGAAACAGCCUUAUUUUAGUAAGAUUUGCACAAAAUGAAAUAUACUUAUGCAAACUGUUACAUUGGUUUUUAGAAGUCUAAUCUGAUGAAGAAAGCAGGGUAUCAUAUACGUUUCAUUAUUUUUUAAGUGUUUUCUGAAAGGAAAACAGAUGGACUGGUGAAGCUGUUUCACAGGGGGCUUUUUGGUGGGGGGGCGGUCAGCGGGAGUAUGAAGUGGGGGGAAAAGGAUAAAGGUAAACAGAUGCAACUUGUAAAAACACUGGCAAUUAUUUUAGAUUCUGUUCACGUCCUCUCCCGUGUUGCACUUUGCAGAGAAACAGGAACCGGACGGCCACUCUGGGACCUGGGAUGUGAGUGUGGACAGGUCACAGGGAACCCUGCAAAGCCCAGUGCCUGCUGGUGACUCACUGCAUGUGGCAGUGCUGCCUUCUGAGUAAUGGGGUUCAUUAGAAGGUCCCAACAUGAUGCAUUAGCGCCUCUGUGCUGCUUGGCUGCCUGCUCCAAGAGGUGCAAUUAUGCUUAGCACCGGUCUCCUUAAGCCACCAAAAUAACCGUGCGUUAAAGAUGAGACCAUGAACAGCUGAUGUCUGUGGAUAUUCAGCCCCUCCCCCCAACUUUGGGCAGGUGAGAAGCACAAAACAAGG